AUGGAGAAGCCAUGCUCUCUCCUGGUCCACUUCGACAAGGGCUCGGCCGCGAUGGCGAACGAGAUCAAGGCGGAUCUGGAGGGCGGCGAUGGCCCCGCCAAAGCCGACGCCAUGCGCCGCGCCAUCUCGCUCCUCAUCAACGGCGAGACCCUCCCGCAGCUCUUCAUCACCAUCGUCCGCUACGUGCUCCCCUCCGAGGACCACACCGUGCAGAAGCUGCUCCUCCUCUACCUCGAGAUCAUUGACCGCCGGGAUCCGGCCGGCCGCGCCCUGCCGGAGAUGAUCCUCAUCUGCCAGAACCUCCGCAACAACCUCCAGAGCCCCAACGAGUACAUCCGCGGCGUCACGCUGCGGUUCCUCUGCAGGCUCUCCGAGCCCGAGGUGCUCGAGCCGCUCGUCCCGUCCGUGCUCGCGAACCUCGAGCACAGGCACCACUUCAUCAGGAGACACGCCGUCUCCGCGGUUUCCGCGAUCUACCGCCUCCCGCAUGGUGACCAGCUCAUCCCCGACGCGCCGGAGCUCGUCGAGCGGUUCCUCGCGUCUGAGCAGGACGCGUCCGCGCGGAGGAACGCAUUCCUCAUGCUCUGUGCCUGCGCACAGGACCGCGCCGUCGCCUACCUGCUCUCCAACGCCGACCGAGUCGCUGAGUGGCCCGAUCUGCUGCAGAUGGCCGUUGUGGAUCUCAUCCGCAAGGCCUGCCGAUCCCAGAACCGCGCCAACAAGGGAAGGUAUAUCACCAUCAUUACCUCGCUGCUCUCCACACCCAGCACGGCGGUUGUUUAUGAAUGUGCUGGCGCCCUGGUGUCACUCUCUUCGGCGCCCACGGCCGUGCGAGCCGCUGCCAACACCUACUGCCAGUUGCUCUCGUCGCAGAGUGACAACAAUGUGAAGCUCAUUCUACUGGAUCGCCUUAACGAGCUGCGCACCUCGCACCGGGAUGUCAUGGUGGGGGUGGUGAUGGACGUGCUUCGUGCACUGGCCAGCCCCAACUUAGAUGUCAAGAGAAAGGUUCUUGAUUUAGUGCUUGAUCUGCUCACCCCGCGUAACGUCGAGGAGGUGGUGCUUUAUCUGAAGAAGGAGGUGGUCAAGACACAGGCUGGAGACCUCGAGAAGGGUGGCGAGUACCGCCAGAUGCUGGUGCAGGCCAUUCAUGCCUGCGCUGUUGAGUACCCAGAGGUGGCUGGGUCUGUAGUGCACCUCCUCAUGGACUUUCUUGGUGACACCAAUGUUGCUGCAGCUGUUGAUGUUGUGCUGUUUGUACGUGAGAUCAUUGAAACCAAUCCGAAGCUGCGUGUUUCCAUGAUCCAGAGGCUGAUUGAUACAUUCUAUCAGAUUCGGGCAUCCCGGGUCUGCUCAUGUGCUCUCUGGAUCCUUGGAGAGUACUCCCUCUCUCUAUCAGAGGUUGAAAGCGCCAUUGCUACCAUUAAACAAUGUCUUGGGGAUCUACCAUUCUACACUGUCUCUGAUGAAGGGGAGGCAACUGAUUCCGCCAAGCCAGCCCAGGCGGUGGUGAACUCUGUCACUGUAUCUUCCAGGCCGCCUGUUGUUCUUGCAGAUGGCACCUAUGCCACACAAAGUGCUGCUACCGAGACCAUUUCGACUCCAUCAGUUGCUCCUGGGUCACUAGCUUCAACCCUGAACCUCAGAUCACUCAUUCUGUCAGGUGAUUUCUUCCUGGCUGCUGUUGUUGCAUGUACCCUGACCAAGAUUGUGUUGAGGCUGGAAGAAGUGCAGCCAUCUAAGGUUGAAUCAAACAAGGCUUGCACUGGAGCAUUGCUGAUCAUGACAUCGAUUCUGCAGCUGGGCCAGUCUUCUUACCUUCCCCACCCGAUUGAUAAUGAUUCAUAUGAUAGGAUUGUGCUGUGUGUGAGAUUGCUUUGCAAUACUGGUGAUGAUGUCAGGAAGAUUUGGUUGCAGUCAUGCAGACAGAGCUUUGCGAAAAUGCUUGCAGAGAAGCAGUUCAGGGAGACAGAGGAGAUGAAGGCAAAGGCACAGAUCUCUCAUGCCCAGCCAGAUGAUCUUAUUGAUUUUUACCACCUCAAGAGCAGGAAGGGCAUGAGCCAGCUUGAGUUGGAAGAUGAGGUGCAUGAUGAUUUGAAGGCUGCAACUGGUGGGUUUACUAAGGAUGCAGAUGAUGCAAACAAGCUCAACCGCAUUCUUCAGUUGACUGGUUUCAGUGAUCCUGUGUAUGCUGAAGCAUUUGUAACAGUACACCAUUAUGACAUUGUACUUGAUGUUACUGUCAUUAACCGUACAAAGGAGACACUUCAGAACUUGUGCUUGGAAUUGGCUACAAUGGGAGACCUGAAACUUGUUGAUCGCCCUCAGAACUACACCUUGGCUCCUGAGUCUAGCAAACAGAUCCGUGCUAAUAUCAAGGUUUCAUCAACAGAGACUGGAGUUAUAUUUGGCAACAUAGUUUAUGAGACUUCAAAUGUGAUGGAACGAUCAGUGGUUGUCCUAAAUGAUAUUCACAUCGACAUCAUGGAUUACAUCUCACCUGCUAUGUGUGCUGAUGUUACUUUCCGGAACAUGUGGGCAGAAUUUGAAUGGGAAAAUAAGGUUGCAGUGAAUACUGUGAUUCAGGAUGAGAAGGAAUUCUUGAAUCACAUUAUCAAGUCAACAAACAUGAAGUGUCUGACACCACCGUCUGCACUAGACGGAGAAUGUGGUUUCCUUGCUGCUAAUCUUUAUGCAAAGAGUGUGUUUGGGGAGGAUGCUUUGGUGAACAUCAGCAUUGAGAAGCAACAUGAUGGCAAGCUCAGUGGUUACAUCCGAAUAAGGAGCAAGACCCAGGGAAUUGCGCUCAGCUUAGGGGACAAGAUUACCCUCAAGCAGAAGGGUGGCAGUUAA